AUGAGUUGUCAGAUGUCGUGCAAGUCUAGAGGAAGAAGCAGCGGUGGUGGCGGUGGAUUCCGCAGCUUCAGCAGCGGCUCGGCUGUGGUCUCUGGCGGGAGCCGGCGGUCAGGCACCAGCUUCUCCUGCCUGAGCCGCCAUGGCGGGGGCAGUGGUGGCGGCGGCGGUUGCGGAGGGGGCUUUGGCAGCCGGAGUCUUGUUGGCCUCGGAGGGACCAAGAGCAUCUCCAUGAGCGUGGCUGGAGGAGGUGGCGGCUCCUCUGGUGGAUUUGGCGGCAGAGGAGGUGGCUUCGGAGGCGGUGGCAGCGGUGGCUUCGGCGGCGGCAGCGGCUUCGGCGGUGGUGGUUUCGGUGGAGGCGGAGUUGGUGGAGGCCGCUUUGGAGGUGGCGGUGGCUUUGGAGGUUUUGGGGGUCCUGGUGGCUCCGGGCCUGGAGGAUUUCCUGGUGGCUCCGGGCCUGGAGGAUUUCCUGGUGGAGGCAUCCACGAAGUCUCCAUCAACCAGAGCCUCCUGCAGCCUCUCAACGUGAAAAUUGAUCCUGAGAUCCAGAACGUGAAGUCCCAGGAGCGGGAGCAGAUCAAAACUCUCAACGACAAAUUUGCCAGCUUCAUUGACAAGGUGCGGUUCCUGGAGCAGCAGAACCAGGUGCUGCAGACCAAAUGGGAGCUGCUGCAGCAAAUGGAUGUUAGCACCCGUUCUACCAACCUGGACCCCCUGUUUCAAGCCUACAUUGCCCGGCUGAAGAAAUAUGUGGAUUCACUCACUGCAGAAAGAACAGCACAAGAUUCCGAGCUGAGCAACAUGCAGGAUCUUGUUGAAGAGUUUAAGAAGAAGUAUGAGGAUGAAAUCAACAAGCGUACAAGUGCUGAGAAUGAUUUUGUGACACUCAAAAAGGACGUGGACAAUGCCUACAUGACGAAGGUAGAGCUGCAAUCCAGGGUGGACGUGAUGAACCAGGAGCUUGAGUUCCUGAAGGUCCUCUAUGAUGCGGAGCUGUCCCAGGUGCAGCAGAACGUCACUGACACCAAUGUCAUCCUGUCCAUGGACAACAACCGCAAUCUGGACCUGGACAGCAUCAUUGCCGAGGUCCAGUCGCAGUAUGAGGAGAUUGCCGAGAGGAGCAAGGCCGAGGCCGAGGCCCUGUACCACAGCAAGUAUGAGGAGCUCCAGGUCACUGCUGGGAAGCAUGGGGACAGCCUGAAGGAAGUCAAGAUGGAGAUCAGCGAGCUGAACCGCAUGAUCCAGAGGCUGCAAGCGGAGAUCGCCCAAGUGAAGAAGCAGUGCAAGAGUAUGCAAGAUUCCAUUGCAGACGCCGAGCAGAGGGGAGAGAGCGCCCUCAAGGACGCCGGGGGCAAGCUUACCGGGCUGGAGGAGGCCCUGCAGCAGGCCCGGGAGGACCUGACCAAGCUGCUGCGCGACUACCAGGAGCUCAUGAACGUGAAGCUGGCCCUGGACAUGGAGAUCGCCACCUACAGGAAGCUGCUGGAGGGCGAGGAGUGCAGGAUGUCUGGAGACUUCAGCAGCAACGUGACUAUGUCUGUGACGAGCAGUUCCAUGUCUUCAUCUGUGGCAUCCAGAGCUGGUUUGGGAAGCCAUGGUUCUGGAGGUAGAGGAUCCGGUUCUGGAGGAGGAGGAUUCAGCUCCGGAAGCUCUGGAGGCAGAGGGUCUGGCUCCAGAGGAGGUGGUGGAGGAAGCUAUGGCUCUGGCUCCAGAGGAGGCUCUGGCUCUGGAGGAGGAUAUGGUUCUGGAGGAGGCUCUAGCUCUGGAGGAGGACAUGGUUCUGGAGGAGGCUCUGGCUCUAGAGGAGGAUAUGGUUCUGGAGGAGGCUCUGGCUCUGGCUCUGGAGGAGGGUGUGGUACUGGAGGAGGAUCCAGAGGUGGCUCUAGAGGGGGCUCUGGAGGGGGCUCUGGAGGGGGAUGUCCUACCUCUGAAAGGAGUGGAUCUAGUGACGCUUGUGGUUCCAACGUGACCUUCGCCUUUAGAUAAAGAUGGCAUCUUGCCCUUGGCCUUCCUAUUUCAGAACGUAGAAGCCUAUCUCUGCACCUCUAAUUGACAGCAAGUCAAAUUUUAUUGUCCACCUCUGUUGUCAGAGCCAGUGACACCCUCUGUCCCCUGGGGAAGAAUCUGCAUUGUCUAGCUUUGUGCCUCCAGCCCAGCGCCUGUCCCCUACCCCUCCCUCCUUGCAGCAGCCUUUGGUAGUCCUUUCCCAGCAAGUGUUUUGUUAAGGACCCCAUCUUAAAACCUGUACCUCUCCCCAGAAAAACCCUGUUUCUAUGUAUAUAGUCUAUCUCGCUGGCUCUGUAUCUUGACUGCUGUGCUUUUGGUGUCUGUACAAUAAACU